CCAGCUGCGGGUGUUCUCUGAGGCUCUUCUUUGCUCCAAUAGACUGGAGCGACUUUGGGCUGGAUAAAAGUCAAAUUCUUACCUCGCCCUUUCACUGUGGGCAGGAUCAGAUUCCAUUUCUUUCAUUAUUUUCCACGCCCCAGUUUCUCCAUCUGUUUAAAAGAAGAAGUAGACAAGAUAAAUUCUCUCUUCGAUGCAUGAAAGGGAAAACAGAAUGAACUCAAUUCUGCUUUGAAAAAAUCUUUCUAAGAUCUUUCUUCAGAGAUUUUACUCACAUCUCUGAAUCUUCAUUAACAUAAUGAAGAAAGAACAGAUUUGGGGGGUUUCUCUAUGUCUGCUGCUUAGCUGUGCCUCUGCCCCUCUUGAUGCUGUUCCUGCGGCAGGUGAAGAAUAUACAAACAUUACAGAUGCUGAGGUGGUUCCAGUGCGACCUAUACAUUCAUUUUGUGCAAUGAGAGCAGAUGAUGGCCCAUGCAAAGCAAUGAUAAAGAGAUUUUUUUUCAAUAUUCACACUCAACAAUGUGAAGAAUUUAUUUAUGGAGGAUGUGAAGGAAAUCAGAAUCGAUUUGAAACUCUGGAAGAGUGCAAACAAAAAUGUACAAGAGAUUAUCCAAUGAAUAUUACAAAGACGAAAGUAACACUGCAUAAAGAAAAGCCAGAUUUCUGCUUUUUGGAAGAAGAUGUUGGAAUCUGUCGCGGUUAUAUUACUAGGUAUUUUUAUAACGAGCAAUCAAAGCAGUGUGAACGUUUCACGUAUGGUGGGUGCCUCGGGAAUCUCAACAAUUUUGAAUCACUAGAAGAAUGCAAGAACACCUGUGAAGACACAUUGUAUGAUGGAAUCCAGGUUGAUGCACCUAGCAAGAAACCCAGCUCCUUUGAAUUUAAUCGCCCCUCCUGGUGUCUGACCCCAGCAGAUAGGGGAUUGUGUCGAGCCAAUGUGACCAGAUUCUACUACGAUUCAGUCAUUGGGAAAUGCCACACAUUUGAGUACAGUGGAUGUGGAGGGAAUGAGAACAAUUUUACCUCUAGAAAAGCAUGUUUUAGGGCUUGUGAAAGAGGUUAUAUCCGAAGAAUAUCAAAAGAAGGAUUACUUAAAACCAAAAGAAAAAGAAAGAAGCAGCUAGUCAAAAUAGAAUAUAAAUUUGUUACAUUACUGCGUCAUUUCCACUAAAUAUUUUGGACAAACAUUUUCAUUCUGAUUCUUAUUGUUUCUCUCCUGAAAUCUUUUUAAUGAAAAUCUCGUGAAUCUUCUAUGCAUAUAUUACCUGCUAUUAAUACAUUUGCAUCAGAGUUCCUUUUCCAAUCUAAUCAAAUUGCUUAUUCUGUGGCUAUAACUUAUUAACUGUCUACUAUGAAUUUAUUAUUUUCUUGAUUCCUUUCUAACUAUCUGUCAUUUAACUACAAUUUAUCAUACUGCUGGCCCCAUCAAGUCAGUCUGCUUUACCAUCUGGUGGUUAUCUGUUUGAGAAUAUGUCAUCACUUAUUUGUUUUUAUCACACAUACAAUUAUAUUCUUUAUACCCUAUGUUCAGAUUAACAAAUAUAACUAUUAAAGAUCAAGUGGUUUGGGGUUUCACAUAUAAAAUGGUGGCAAGCAUCCUUUUCUGAUUAAGAUCACUCAAUAUUACAUUUGGAAAGACCUAAUAACAACAGAAUUCUGUACGAUGAUUCACUCCCUAGACAUACUUUUGCUCCCUUUACACUAACCAGCACUUCAAACAAUCCUAAGCCAAAUCGUAUCUGAACAAAGAGAGUCAACUCUGUGUCAUGUGCCUGCCUGAUUUUGAUUGAUGUAGCUUUUGUGUGCUUCUGGCCCAUCUUAUCAGUAAAGAGGGUUGAAUAGUUGUGUGUUAAAUACAGAUCAUGAUAAGAAAAGUCCUGGUGGAAAAAGUUUUUAAUGGCAAUCUGAAGGAAAUUAUUUAUGUACUUUCUAAUUUUAUUGUUUGACAAAAUUUUCUCUUCCCGAAAAUGGCAAGAAUAUAUAAACCUCCCAAAACCUAUUCAUUUAUAAUUAGGCUUUGCACACAAUGCAACCAGUAAUUCAUGCUUUAAAAAAUGUCAUACUAUUUCUGUAAAAAAGGAAGACAAAAUUAUCAGGAAGGAAAAGUCUCCUAGAAAAAUGCGUAUUAUUCACUCUCAAGCUUUUAACAUUUCUCUGGAGUUAAUUCAGUUCAUCUAGAUCCAUACCGUUUCUUCUCUGCUGAGUCAUGUACAGUUUGAGAUCUCAAGAGCUUUGUUCACUUCAAAUUUCACAUUUAAAUUUGAACUUGUCAUCUAGAAACAACUAACCACUUUGUCCAUUUAGUUUAGUAAUAGUAAAUAAAUUCUGCCUGUUCCUCAGUCUUGAAAGUAUGAACCCAAUUUUGAUUUCUUCCUUUCCCUCAUAUACAGCUUAUAAUCAGUCUCUAAACCCUGUUGAUUGUUUUGUCACAAAGUUCAUCUAACUCCCAGUCUUUUUACCUCUACUUCAUUCUUCACAUAGUUACUGAUUUAAUUCUUAAGAAUUAACUCGUGUGUUUCUCCACUACUCAGACCCCUUCAGUGAUUCAUUAAUUGGUACUUAACUUCACCCUAUCCUCCCAAUUUAAUUUUGAUAUAUGUAUGUAUUUGUACUUACCUACACUACUCUUUCAUGACCAUUUCAGUUUAGUUAAAAUGGUCCUCAUAGAUCACUGAAAAUAUAUCUCAUUACUUAGUUUAUUCAUGCUGAUUUCAUAUUUUUAAAAUAUGAUCCCUUCCAGAUCAUUCAUGUGAAAUCAGAGACAAGCUGAUGCAAACUAUAAAAUCACUGUCUUUUGAGGCAUAAUAUGAAAAGUCCUAAUGUGCAUCCUAUGUCAUAAAAAUUAUAUCAUUACAAAAUAUGUCAAUUUUUUCACUUAAGAAAAUUUUUAUAUCUGGUUUUCAAAUAUUCAGUACAUAAUCACAUAAAUAACUGCCUUAAAUUGAGUCUUCUAUGGAAUUUGAAACUUUUUGAAAUCAAAGUCUCUUGUGAAAUAUGUCUGUUGUCUUUUACACAUGGAUAGCAACACCUUUAAGUAAAUGGUAAAGUCUACUUAGGUCAAGUGGCAAGUUGCCACCAAGGACAUAUAAAUAGCAUAUUGGUGACUUGACUAUUUUCCCCAACAACUAUUCAUAACUUCAUUACUUAGUCAAAAGACCUACACUGAGAGAUGGUUUGCAAUGUUUAAUGCGUGUAAAUAUGUUUACUGUGUUUUUAAAUAAGAUUGUCUCUGGUGGUUUUGUCUUCCCAUAUUUUGCAUAAUUGAAUGCAUCUAACUGUGAAUUUUAUAUAGAAUUACAUUAUAUAGCAUCUGAUGCUUAUUUACCAACUCUGUUUAUUCUGUUCAAAAUUAACAGGUUAUACUGAAAAUUGAUAAAAUGUUUUUAUUUUUUACAGUAUAAGAAAUAAAAUAUAUUAUCC